GUUGAUUUGGCGACACAUGAACAAUAACGAAUUGAUAGAUCAAAAUGAAAUCUGCGGUAUCAGUAUUAGUGGGUUGUGCCGUCAUUGGUGCAGUUUUUGAAACUGCAUCAGCUGUAAAAUGCUUGUCUCAAUAUGUUCCACAUCCUACUGACUGUGGAAAAUUUUACGAGUGCUCAAACGACCGCCUGUAUCCUUUCACUUGUUCACCUGGACUAUACUUCAGUCGAACUCUUGACGUCUGCGUUUGGCCUCUUGAGUCGGGAUGCGUCAACAGAGAUCCAAGAAGCAAUGGCGCCAGCAUCAAAACAACUUGCAUCUCUCAGUACAUUCCCCACCCGGCAGAUUGCAGAAAGUUCUUUGAAUGUUCCAACGGGGAAUUGAGAGAGUUUAUCUGUCCAGAAAAUUUGGAAUUUAGUUCAACUCUUGAAGUGUGCAUUUGGGCUUCCGAAUCCGGUUGUAUAUCUCGUAAACCCCAUGGAAGCGGCAACAAUAACAACAACAAUGGUAACAACAAUUCGAAUGGAGAAAAUAACAACAAUAACAACGGAAAUAACAACUCAAAUGGAAACAAUAACAACAACAAUGGAAAUAAUAAUUCUAACGGUAACAAUAAUAACAACAACGGAAACAAUAAUAGUAAUGGAAACAAUAAUAACAACGGCCAGGGCAAUAAUGGAUUUCAGAACAAUGUUACACCAUUUUAACAAAAUGUGCCCGCCAUGUUUAUGAUGUUUAAAUUUUGUGUAUGUAUUUUGAUAUAAAUUGUUCGUUUUUAAAA